AUGCUGGCGUCCACAGUAGUACAACCAACCAGCGCAGCCCUCGGCACCGAAUGGAACGAUGAGGAUGGAGAGGUGACCAUCACCAAGCUAUUCCUGACCAGCCAGGCCCACACACGAAUAGUAUCAUUCCAGGGUAUCCGAUCAGCCACAGAACUGGAGCGGUUGUUCCACCGAAACUUUCCCAGUCACACGUUCACGUCGCCUUUUCCGACGCUGUAUAUCACUGACCCUGAGUACAAAGUACAGUAUGAG